UGCGUCCCACACUUCCUCCCCGCGCCCUCCUCCUCCUCCUCCUUUCAUCCCCCUCCUCCGUGCGCCCGCCCCGCCACCCCGUGACGCGCCGCGCUCGGAGUCUCCGCUCUCUCGCCCGGACCCCGGCUGCGUCUCCCGGGCCAGACCGACCCAACAUGCGCGCACUGCCACUGCGACCAUGGGCGCUGGCCGGGCGCUGAGCGCGCUGCUGCCGCCGCUGCUGCUGCUUGUCGCCCGCCUCCUGCAGCUGCACCCAGCCCGCGCUCAAGAUGCCGCGUGCUGCUACCAGGCUCGGGAAAACCCCAUCUGCCGGGAGGUGUGCGAGCAGCUCACGUCCACCAAGAGCGAGUCCAGGAUGAAGCAUCUGCUGCACAAGCUGCCCAGUUACUGCUCCGACGGCAUGCUUGAAUUCUGGGACUGCGUCAACUCCACGCUCCCAGGUGGGCAGAAGAGCGCGGACAGCUGGGUGGGGCUGAGCUGCUGUGCGCUGGCCAUCGGCACCGACUGCCGCAAGGCCUGCCGGCAGAGCGCCUCGCGGAGUGCGGUGACCGCGGAGUGCCGCCAGGAAUACGAGGCCGCGAUGUUCAACUGCAUCAACCGCUAUGAAAUGGGCUCGCUGUGCUGCGGCCACGCCGGGCGGCACACCAACUGCCGCGAGUUCUGCACGGCCGUGUUCCGCUCGGACGCGCCGCCCACCCCGGGGCAGAUCCGCUCCGUCGAGAGCUACUGCGCCACCGUGAGCGUGGCCGUCGUGGACUGCGUCGACAACUACACGCGGUCCUACCCCUCGCGCAACCCCGUCGACAGCCUGCACUGUUGCGAGCGAGCGGGCGACGCGGCGUGCGAGGCGUCGUGCCGCAGCGUCCUGCACACCAUGGCCUCGGAGCAGGAAAUGGUGGAGGGCCUCAUCGCCGGCUGCGGCCGCCAGCCGCUGCCGCAGGACCCGCUGUGGCAGUGCUUCCUGGAGGGCGCCCACGUGGAGCCCGGGGCCGGCGCGGGGCCCGGCGGGUCGCGCCGUGCCGGGGGCGCCGUCUCGGACGUGGGGUCGUCUCCCACGGGGCUCGACGGCGCCAAGCUGCAGUGUUGCUCGCGCGCCACUUCCCCCCUGUGCAGAGAGCUGUGCGUCGGGCUGUUCAGCACGAGCUGGGGCAGCGCCCAACGCUGGCAGGAGUUUGAGCGCGAGUGCGAGUACCGGGAGCAGGAGGCGCCCAUGAAGGGCUGCCUGGCCGACGUGCACGAGCCGUGCCAACUCGGCUGCAAGGACCUCUCCUACUGCACCAACUUCAAUAACAGGCCCACGGAGCUGUUCCGCAGCUGCAACGCGCAAGCGGACCAGGGCGCGCUCAACGACAUGCGCCUGUGGGAGCACGGCGCAAUCAGCAUGCCCUUCCUGAGCAUCCCCGUGCGGGAUGUGCGCCGCUGCCGGCCCGAGGCGUGGAAGGCGAUCGCGUGCGUGCUGCAGGUCAAGCCGUGCCACGGCGCCACGCCCAGCCCCAUCAUCUGCAGGUCGGACUGCGUGGACAUCCUGCAGCAGUGCGGGGAUAGCAGCCGCUUCUCCGAGGGCCAGACGGCGGAGGGGAUCUGCGAGGCGCUGUCCCCCUCCGACGACGCGGACGCGUGCAUCCCGCUCUCCCGCUACCUCGGAGUUGGCGGCUCAGGGACUGAUGGUUCGGGGCCGCCCAGGGAUGGGGACAACAAUGAGCUCGGUGGCUCCGACGAGGUGGUCCAUCCGUGCAACCCCAGCCCCUGCCCCGGCAAUCAGCUGUGCGAGGUCAACCGGCGGGGCUGCUCCCCCGGGGUCGACUGCCUGCCCUACGUGUGUGCACCCGGCUGCAAGCUGGGCGAGGCGUCCGACUUCCUGGUGCGUCGCGGCAGCGUGGCGCGCGUGCCCGUGGCAUCGGGCGAGGCCGGCUGCUACCGGCUGUGCGAGUGCGGGGAGGGCGGGCGUCUCGAGAACUGCAAGGAGAUGCCGUGCAUCGACAGCCAGCGCUCCUGCAUCGUGGGCGGCAAGCGCGAGGCCCACGGCAGCCACUUCCACGUGGACUGCAACGUGUGCGCAUGCUACGCGGGGCGGCUCACCUGCUCGCAGCGGCAGUGCUUUGGCGUGGCGAGCAGCGAGGAGGACCGGCGGCGCUACACGGGCCUGCCGUGUCACUGCGUCGACCAGUUCGUCCCCGUGUGCGCGGCGACGGGCCGCACGUUCCCCAGCGCGUGCGUGGCGCGCUGCGCGGGCCUGGUCGACAGCCAGUUCGAGUACGGGACCUGCGCCUCCCGUGACCCCUGCCUGGGCAACCCCUGCGGCUCCCGACAAAGGUGCAUCCCGAGGCGGCGCGUCUGCUUGACCUCCCUGGAGCCGUUUGGCUGCAAGCAGUUUGAGUGCCUGCACGGGCAGCUGGCAUGCGAGGCCGCCUCAUCGGAGUCGGCGUGCGACACCGCCGACCCGGAGCACCCGUUGCUGUGCUCGCUGUACGGACGCGGGAAGACGCUGCCCUACGUCGGGCCCUGCCAGAGGGCGUGCAGGCUGCCCGGCCAGUCGGUGUGCGGGCACGACGGGGAGACGUACGCCAGCGUGUGCGCCGCCCACUCGGCUCGCGUGGCCGUCGACUACGUGGGGCCCUGUCGAGCCGUGGGGCUCCUCCCACGGCACGGCGCCGCCACUCCCGAGUGCGACCCCGUGACCUGCCCACCGCUUCCCGUCGCCGGCUGCCAGCCCGUCACCCCGCCAGGUGCUUGCUGCCCGCUGUGUGCCGGCAUGCUGAGGAUCCUGUGGAGCAUGGAGCAGCUGGACAUGCUGGCAAGGGUGUCAGGAAGGGGCGCCAUCAGUCAGCAGGACGUCGUCCCUGCCCUGCGCAGCCACGUCUCGGUGCCGCAGUGCGAUGCCUUUGGCUUCCUGAGCAUCGAGAACGACCUCGUGCUGCUGGUGCUGCCCGUCGACCAGCAGCCCACUGCGCUGCAGAUCGAGGCGUGCAGCAAGGAGGCGGAGAAGAUCGGAGCGCUCGUCAACUCGGGCAGCCCCGUGCUCGUGUCGCACACGCCGCUCUCGGCGCUCCUCGCCGCCCAGGUCCUCGUCUCCACGGGCUGCCCCUCCGCCGCUCCUCCGCGCACGCUCCCCCCGGGCCGGCCCACCCUCCUGCUGGCCGCCCUGCUGCUGGCGGCGGCGCUCCGGCUCGUCGCACCGCCGUGAGAGCGCGGGGAACCCGGGGCCGCGAAGGGAGCGACGUGGGAGCGGAGGGAGCGGUGUGGGAGCGGAGGGAGCGGGAACCGCGAAGCACUGUUACUCGGUCUCAGGGAGUUGUGCACGGUGGG